AUGUAAUAAUCAGAUAAAUAUUAGAUUGUGAGAGUAAUUGUGAUAAUUUUAUGCCUUUUGUCAAUGAUAGGAUGUUCUCUAAUUUUGUGGACAUUAUUCAAAACACCAAGAUUAAGUAAAAACCCAGGGAGUAUUAUUUAAAGAAUGGCCAUAGCUUAAAUUAUUAUUACAUUUUUGAUGCUAUUUGCUCAAUUUUACAUUGACCAUGUUAGUAAUAAUGAUGUUAGUGCAGCUUUUAUAAUUUCAACCAAUUUUUGCUCAUUUAUAGGGUUUAUUGAGAUAUUUUUCUCCUCUGAAUAUAUACUCUAUAAUGUUUAUUUUCCUAUCAAUCUAUACUUUUCACUCAAAACUCAGAACUAUAACUUCACUAAAUAUUUUACCUUAAUGGAGAUAAUUUUUUUGAUGUUUUCCUUUAUUUUCACUUUAACAAUGGUUUUCGUCAAAGAUGUUAAAAUAAAUUUUGUUGGAGUAUGUGGUUUAUUAUUAUAAGAUAUGUCUAAGGUUUUUGGUAGCAUCUUGGCAAUAAUCACAAUAGGUGUUUUGAUAUUGCUAAUUCUUAUAGCCUUGGAAAAAUCAUCAUUCAAGACUACUAUAUACAAUAAGGAUUCAGAGAAAUUUCAUAGAAAAUAUCACAAAGAAUUCAAAAUCGUUAAUAUAUUGUAUACUACAGUAUUUCUAGUUUCUUACAUGAUUCCAACAUGUCUGAUGUUUUGGAAUCAAUUAAACACUUCUCAAAGCGAACAUUAUUAUAUAUUCCCAAUUAUCUAUCCCCUAGGGGGUAUUUUACUUUUCUUGAUCAGAAUAAAUGACCCGAUUGUUAAAAAGUAUUUGUAUAAUGUGUUAAUUGGAAAGAAGAAAAAUUAAAAUUAAAAAUUAAAGGACAAACUGUUACAAAAUUAGGAUUUCAAUAUAAUUGACUAGAUUAGUAUUGAAUCAGGACUUGAGAUUAGUGUUUGCAACAAUAAGAAACUUAGAUACACAGUUAAACAAGUGCUCAGUGAAAAAUAGAUAUAAUCAGAUAUCACUCUCUCUUCACCCUUUGGUAGUGGAUUUUAGCCAAAAUUGAUUAAGGGUAAUUAAGACUUAUUCAUUAUCUUACUGUCUAUCAAGAAUGCCAUCAAUUAAUGUAUUGGAUAAACGUCAUAUUCCCUAAAAAAUUUAAAACCAUUUCAUUUCAAUCAUAUCACUAAAUACUAAUUGUUUUUGUAAGAUGACUCUAAAGAAAUGGAUCAGAAGUACAAAAAUUUUAAUAAUCUAUGUCUGAAGGAUUAUGUUAAUGAAAUAUGUUAUAAAAGAGUAAUCAAUUGUUACAGUUAUGCAAGCAACACACUGAUUCAUCUUUUUAGUUAAAUCUUAAAUAUUCAUUUGGAUUAACUAAGAACCAGUUUAAGGAUUGAAUAAAACACUAAAAAAAUAGUCAACACUAAAUUACCUACCUCCUAUGGACCUAUCUUUUUGACUUAUGAUAAUUAUUUUUCGAUUGAAAUAAUUUCAAAAUAGCAUAAGCUACUCUUAACCAAGGGAGGAGGGUUGAUGAAUAUUUGUAAACGUUAUCAAACUGAAUAUAGUAAGUCAAAAAAUGGUAAUACUUUAUUGCCUGCUAUUCUGGGAUUAUACACAAUUUAAAUUGAAGAAGAUAAAUUUAUCAAUGUUGUACUAAAGUUAAAUUAAUUAAAAAUAAACUAUCCUUUAUAAAUAAAUUAAAUUAGCAUUCCUGAAGAAUAAGAUCACUUAAUUUAAUAAGAUGUUUUCGGUUGGAUAUAAUUGAGUUUAGAAAAAGGAUAGUUUAAAUUGUUUAUAGCAGAAAAGCUAUUUGACGAUAGAUUUUAGAUUAGAAUUGAGGAUAACGAUUUUAAGUUAUCCAAAAGUGCAGCCUAAGAUCUAUUGACUACCUUAAGCAAGGAUAUUGAGGAGUUCUGCUUUUUCAGAAAUCUAACACUGUCUUUGGUUUACUUUAAAUUACCAACGAAUAGAUUAGAUUCGAUGUGCAAACAUGAGAACUCACUAUCUUAUCAUUACUAAUUGAUCAAGAAUAGUCAAUAAAUGACACCAUUGCAAAUGAAUGAGUACUUUAAAGGCUUAGGAUAAUUUGAAUUGGAUAGCAAAAUAGGGUUUGUUAGGAUUUACAUUGAUAACUUUUGGCAAGAAUGGGAGUAUAUAUAGGAGAAUGAGAGAUGUCUUUAUUUUGAUAAGCUAACGGAAUAGUUAUCAGAAAUGAUUUGAUUCUUUAUUUGAUAACAAUUAAUUAAAAUUAAUACGAAUUUA